AAUGAAGGAUCAACAACCAUGACUUGUGGCCUGAAUCUCAUUUAUGAUUUAACCAAAUCCCCGGACUUACUUUCUCUCUCUAGAAGCAAUAUCUUGUAGAGAGAGAAAUAGAAUGUGCCCUUUACGAAUUAUUCUCAUAUUUCUGUCGGCGACUCUCGCCGGAUUCUUCGUUCUCCGGAACAUCAAAUCUCAAUCUGAUACUUCUUUGGACACCGACGCUGCUACUGCUGCUGCCGACGAUUCCACAUCAUUCUGCAAAUCAUCACCGUCUGCCUCCGUCGGACGAUCAUCCUCUAAGAUUUACGGUGCUUUUUUUCUGCUUCCAAACAAUCGGAUUAAUCUUCUGAUUCUGUGGGAAUUUUGUGUGGAUGUGGGCUUCCUUUUCUAUGUACAGUUUGGAACCGGAUUGGAUAUGAAUUUGUGUUUUGAUCAUUCUGUGAAUUUAGAAUAUGGGCAUAUGGAAGAUUUGUCCCCUCCCCAAGCUGGAGGUUUUAUGUUGAUAAUUGGAAGAGAUAUAGCUUUGGGGAGAAGAUACCUUUUUUCCCAUCCUUAA